CUGGCAACAGCGCCCAGAUGAUUUCUGUCAUUGAUCUGUCACCGUCAUCCUGAAGGGUGACUGUCAUUUUAUCAACAAAUUCACAAUAUAAAAAUCACAACUCAGUUUUCAUAAUUUCUCUUAAAAAAUGGCGUUCAAGAUGGAUUACAGUUUUGAGGGGGACUCAAAAACCCGACCAGAACAAAAUUUGUCAGGUGCAAGCAAAAAGAUCACCAGAGACGUACUUUUACAAAAGACAUACGAAGAAAGGAGAAAGAGACAGGAACAGAGAGUGAAAUUACAAAGUGCACAACUACUGCAGUCACACAUUCGCAGCUAUCUUGUCAGGAAGCAUAGUAAACAAGAACAGCGACAACAUUAUGAUUGUAUUGGAAAUUCUACUAUGAUCAAAGAAGCAUUAUCAAGAUUACUUUUUUUUUACCACCCUUCAGAGGAUAAACAAAGAAUGGUGAAGUAUAAUAGCACAGUUAUAUUAGGAUGUGUUUCUGGAGUUAUUUUUUUUACGAUAAUAAAAACUCAAUUUUAGAUGAACAUGAUGGAUAAAUUCAAUAGUAACCAUACAGAAAUUUUGAAACAAAUAGAACACGAUCAGUCAUUAAUGUGGUUGGUGAAAAGAUUUUUGGCAGUAUGUCUAAAAAAUUUGAUGAUCUAUAACAACAUUGAAAAGGAUGCCUUUAUUUCUGUAUUGAAUAAGUUUUCUAAUAACCCAAACACAGUAGAGUAUCUACUUACAAAAGGUUAUUAUGGAUACCUGAGAAGCUAUCUUGAAUACACAAAGGACCAAGCAUUAUCAGAAGCAGUAGAACUGAUACACAGACCUUUUGUCUACAUUAACAGCAAUUCAUCACUGAAUGAUUUAGCUUUAUCAGAGUUUUGCAAACAUUUCUUAAAAUCAUCUGUUACUCCAAAUUUGAAGAUAUUGAUAUCACAUAUUCGUAGUAAAAGUGAUUUUCCAUUUAACAGAAUAUUGAAAUAUCUUAAUAGUUGGUCCUUCAUAGAGGGAGGGAAUAGUUUGUUGUAUUGUGUGCUGACUUUGGAACCUGACAGCUAUGAACCAAAUUAUGACAGUGUCCAAGUCUUAUCAAAGCUUAGCAUGAAAUUGCAUAACCUCAGACCUGCUGAGCACCAUGAAAAUGAAGACAGUGAUGAUGAGGAGGAAAUGGAACAAGAUUGGGAAUUGUCUGAUUACUUAAUAAUGUUCAAUAAACCUGACAGAGUGAGAAAACUGCUGCAUUUCUUGCAUAGAAACAGCACUGAUCAAGUUUUGACAUCUUUCACACAGCUUUGUCAUAAUUUGUUGUUGGUCUAUAAGGAUUCUAUGAGAAAGUAUUUAUUAUUAUAUCGACUAGGAUUGAGCGGCAAAUUCAUCAACAUGUUAUGGAAAAAUAUUUCCAAUAAUUUAUGUGAGCAGCUAGAAAUGAAGGGGGCAUGCUUGAACUCAUGGAGUGAGUGUCAUACGACACUUUCUGUAUUUUGUGAUAUGUUUACGUUUUUUAUUGAAACUUUGACUGAUAGAGAAAAUGUGGACCUGGGUGAUGCGUUUCUACAAAAUGACCUCUACAAUAUGUCCAAGUUAUUGAAAAAAGUUGCAAAAGACUUGAUUGAAGUCGCAUUUCCGAUGUGCAGAUCAAGUACAAUUACAGCAACGCCGGAAGUUCUACACCUGUACAAAACAUGUUUAAAUUGUGUAAGGGUGUUAUAUAAUUUAGAUACAAGAAAACAUUUUUGUCCAGCAGGUUUCUGGACAGCCGAAAAAAUUCAUGUGUCACCAGAUCUUUGUAGAAAAGAUUAUCUUUCAAGAACUAUAUUGCCAUUUCACGGACUCGUAUACGACGAUAAUGAUGAAAGUCAUCUUCCUCCUUUAUCAACAAUUGAACAAAGAUCUUUAGCCAUCCUGAAGAACAUGCCAUUCUUCAUCACUUUCAAUACAAGGGUGAUGUUACUAAGGGAUUUGUGUAGAUAUAGUGUUGAUGAUGAUGAUUAUCAAAGGAUACAUACUAUGUUCUCGAAUGAGAGGGUAAUAGUUAUCAGAAGGACUCACCUGUAUGAAGAUGCUUUCAAAAAGAUAUCCAACAAAAGUGAUUUGAAAUACAGAAUGAGAAUUCAGUUCAUAAACAACGUCGGCCUGGAAGAAGCUGGUAUUGAUGGCGGGGGCAUCUUCAAAGAAUUCAUCAACGAAGUACUUAAGACUGCCUUUGACCCGAACAGGGGGUUCUUUCUGAUGACAGCGGAUAAUAUGCUCUACCCCAACCCCAAUGUACAUCUGAUCGUCGAGAAUUUCAUGGAACAUUACCAUUUUGUUGGCAGGUUAGUGGGCAAGGCGAUAUUCGAAAAUAUUCUGGUGGACCUCCCUCUAGCAGAAUUCUUCCUAGUAAAACUGUUAGUUGACAGAGCAAGUGCUCAUUACUUGCAAUCGUUGGACCCUGUCUUAUACAGGAAUCUGUUAUACCUGAGGGACUACAGUGGUGAUGUCAGUGAUCUAGGAUUAGAUUUUUCUAUAGUUAAUAAUGAUUUAGGAAAGACUAGGAUAAUGGAGCUAAAGCCCGAUGGUGCAAACAUUCCUGUAACGAACGAAAAUUGCCUGGAAUACAUACAGAGGUUGGCGGACCUCAAACUAAACACACAAUUAAAAAAGCAGUGUCAGGCGUUCAGAGAAGGUCUAAACAGUGUCGUUCCUUUGACAUGGCUGAAAAUGUUCAGUCCUAAAGAAUUGCAAGUGAUCAUCAGUGGUGAUAAUCAAGAAAUUGAUAUCAGUGAUCUCAGCGCUCAUACCGUAUAUGGAGGAGAAUUCACCGCAGAUCACCCAACGAUCAUACUAUUUUGGACAGUAGUGCACAGGUUCACAGAUAUUCAGAAGAAACAGCUGUUAAAGUUCGUCACAAGUUGUUCAAGGCCCCCUUUACUGGGAUUUAGGGAAUUGAAUCCUCAAUUUUGCAUCUUAUCAUCUGGGACCGAAAAUCGAAUGCCCACAGCAAGUACCUGUUUGAAUCUAUUGAAGUUGCCCAUAAUAAGGGAGGAGGAAGUCCUGAGAAAUAAACUUCUAGAAGCUAUUGAACAACAAGCUGGUUUCGAAUUAUCAUAAAUGUUAUAUAAAGACGAAAAUGUCAAUUUAUCGCGUGUAACCUUGAGUUCAACUGUUCUAUUGUAAUUUAUGAAAAAUGUGAAUAUAUAAAUUUUUCUUUUGUUAA